CUCAUAUAGUACUUGUAAAACACAUGAAAGAGUUCACACUGGGGAGAAACCCUAUGAAUGCAAGCAGUGUGGGAAAGCUUUCAGCACACGUAGAUGUUGUCAAAGACAUGAAAGAGUUCAUACUGGGGAGAAACCCUAUGUAUGUAAGCAAUGUGGAAAAGCUUUCACCACUCACAUAUAUUCCCAAAUACAUGAAAGAGUUCACAGUGGCGUGAAACCUUAUGUAUGUAAGCAAUGUGGGAAAGCUUUUAGCACAAAAAGUGCUCAUCGAACCCAUGAAAGAGUUCACACUGGGGAGAAACCCUAUGUAUGUAAGCAAUGUGGGAAAGCAUUCAGCAAAAGCAGUAAUUUUCAAACACAUGAAAGAAUUCACACUGGGGAGAAACCCUAUGAAUGUAAGCAGUGUGGGAAAGCUUUCAGCACAAGCAGUCAUUGUCGAACACAUGAAAGAAUUCACACUGGGGAGAAACCAUAUGUGUGUAAGCAAUGUGGGAAAGCAUUCAGCUCAUAUGGUGCUUGCAAAACACAUGAAAGAUUUCACACUGGGGAGAAACCCUAUGCAUGUAAGCAAUGUGGGAAAGCUUUCAGCACAAGUAGUUAUUGUCGAAUACAUGAAAGAGCUCACGAGGGAUACAAACCCUAUGAAUGUAAGCAGUGUGGGAAAGCUUACAGCACAAAAAGUGCUUGUCAAAGACAUGAAAAAGUUCACAGUGGAGAGAAACCAUAUGUGUGUAAGAAAUGUGGGAAAGCUUUUACCACACGUAAAUGUUGUCAGAGACAUGAAAAAGUUCACACUGGAGAAAAACCCUAUGCAUGUAAGCAAUGUGGGAAAGCUUUCAGCGCGAAAAGUUCUUAUCAAAGACAUGAAAAAGUUCACAAUGGGGAGAAACCAUAUGUGUGUAAGAAAUGUGGGAAAGCUUUUACCACACAAAAAUGUUGUCAGAGACAUGAAAGAGUUCACACUGGGGAGAAACCAUAUGUAUGUAAGCAAUGUGGGAAAGCAUUCAGCAAAAGCAGUCAUUUUCGAGAACAUGAAAGGAUUCACACUGGGGAGAAACCCUAUGAAUGUAAGCAGUGUGGGAAAGCUUUCGGCACACGUAGAGCUUGUCAAAGACAUGGAAGGACUCACAAUGUGGGAAAGCUUUCAGCAAAAGCAGUUUUUGCCUAAAACAGAGCUCCCAAUAGGGCAAUGCCCUCUGUAUAUAAGUAAACUGGGAAAGCUUUCAUCACUCAUGGUGAUUGUGAAAGACACAAAAGACCUCUUACUGGGUUUUGAUCAUACAUAAGCAAUGUGAAAACUUUCACACAUGAUU